AUGUCUGAAGGAACAGCCUAUGUGACCGGUGGUGCUUCCGGAAUUGGAAGAGGAAUAGCUCAAAUGCUUGUGAAGAACCACAUCAAAGUAUUCAUCGCCGACCGAGAUCUCGAAGGUGCUCAAAACGUCGUCAACGAACUCAACAAAGACUCCUCAGUUGCGAGAUGUGUUCACGUUGAUACUACAAAUUGGAACUCGCAAGAAAAAGCCUUCAGUCAGGCUGUUGCGGACUUUGGGCGCAUCGACUAUGUCUAUCCAAUUGCGGGAGUCGGCGAGCGUACUUGGAUCCCAAAUGACCCUGCCGCUUCUGGCUUUGAGAUGCCCGACUUGACCGUUCUUGAUGUCGACUUGACUGGUGUCUUGUACACGGUGGGGCUGGCGAUACAGCAAUUCAGGAAGCAAGCACCAGGCAAGAAUGGAUUCAGGGGCAAGAUCGGCUGCGUGGCGAGUAUCUGCGGCAUCUAUUGCGUCCCGACACUCCCAAUCUAUACUGCUGCGAAGCAUGCUGUUACCGGUUUCGUCCGCAGCUAUGGCAAAUACUUACCGGAAGAGAAGAUCACCCUGAAUUCAGUCAAUCCCAAUGUCGUCCGUACGAACAUUUCCACCCAAGCAUUCUAUGACCGUUUGGAGAAAGAGCAUCUUUUAACCCCGAUUGAAGGCAUUAUCGAGACUUUUGAAAAGUUGCUGGGAGCGGAUGACACCUCAGGGGAGUGCUUCGAAAUUGGACCCAACUACAACGAUCAAGGGGCAGUCCCAAGAAGCGCUCCUGAAUUUCUGGACAAGGAAAGUGAAAGGGUCUGCGAAUUGCUGCAUCAUAGGGCAUAUCCACUUCACCAACCUCGUUGA